GCACUCAUGGCGUUUGCUUCUCAUUGCAGACCGCAUUGCAGGAACAAGUUGCAUCACGAAAAGUAUUUGAAGUGACAUUGUGCCGACAGUUAAGAGUUUUUCUACAAUCUACUAUGCAAUAAGUUGAUAUCAGAUAUGAAAUCCACGUUGCUUGCAUUUUUAAUUAUUAUGACGUUCUCAAAAGGACGAUUGCAGGGCAUAUCGUCCUUUCUUCAAAACGAAUUCCUAAAGUUUCUCUUUCCUAAGGACCCUGGUUUAGUAAGAGUAAGAAGAAUGGAUCGAGCCGAAGAAAUAAACAGUGGAAAAAUAUUGGACUUUAUUGGCCUGAUAGAACGAUAUAAUUAUCCCGCUGAGGAGCAUAACGUGACAACGGAGGAUGGUUACAAUUUGAAAGUACACAGGAUACCUGGAAGUCCAUUGUUGGAUGGCAAGAAAAAAAAGGAAAUUGUAUUCAUGCAACACGCUCUUUUGGCUUCAUCUGAUAGCUGGGUAUUGCGCGGUCCUAGUAAAGACCUUGGUACGUAUUUGCGAUAACAUGUGGUUGUUAAU